AUGUUGAAGUGGACUCUAGGGUUUAAGUAUGAAGAAGAUCCACCAAUUGUACUGAUAUGGGUAUCUUUGUAUGAUCUCUCGGUUAAAUAUCUUAAUCCAGAGGUUAUAUUUUCAAUAGCGACUGCUAUCGGGAAGCCGCUCAAGGUUGAUGCACCAACCUUGAACAUGACAAGGCCCUCUGUAGCGAGAUUCUGUGUAGAAGCAGAUUUGAUGAAGGAACUUCCAAAGCUUAUUCGAAUUGGAAAGAAGGGGAGGAAGCAUGAGCAAUAUUUUACUUAUGAGCAUAUUCCCUCGUAUUGCUCUAAGUGCAGCAAAAUUGGUCAUAAACGUGAAGAUUGUAAAAAAGGUCUGGCUCUGCAGACAUUCCCUGUGGUUAAGGCCAAUGAUUCUGGGAAGAGAUCUGAAACAGGGGGGACAGGAAAAAGCUUAGUCAUAAAGCCACAAAAAGUCAAAUGGAAGCCUCAGGAAGGAGUUAAGAUUAUGGAGCGGGCGGAUAAUGUCGUCUCCACCUCAGGCAUAACUACAACUGAGAAGUCAUUGAUACCCAUUGAUGUGCAGAAGGAGGCCGCAACGGAGAUGGUCAUUCCGGCUGCUGCUGUUAGCGAUGAAGCUUGUAAGGAUAAGGAAGAAACAGAGCUCGUUGUUGAAACACAUCGAGCUGUCAUUGAAGAUAGUGGUACAGACCAUGAACAAAAGCAGUGCACUGUGAAUCCCAACGUGCUGUCACUACUAAUCGUGAUGAAAGCACUACUGCCCAGCAACAAAAAUAGCGCGCUGUCGCGACUGAAACUGAUGCGGCUAUGCAACCAAAUAGAGAAGGGGAUGCAAAAUAUUCCGGUGGAUCCAAUCGAGAAACUAUUGAUUCAAGAUGAUGCUCAGGUUGAUAACCGCCGAGAAGAGGAUUCCGAUGAUGAAGCAAUUGCUGGAACUGGUCGGUGGUCGGAGGGGGAAAUAGCUGAUGCUCUGGUUGAACAGUCGGAGCAAGGAGAAUUGACCAUAAAAGUCUUGGAGGAUAAUGAAUAUGUGCUUCACAUGGAGAUUCAUAAUCCUUCUAUCUUGGACACAUUCUUUGUCUCAGCUGUUUAUGCAAAAUCAACAAGGCAGGCGCGACAGUUGCUAUGGUCGAACUUGAUGAGUUUUAAACAGCGGUAUGGAGAUGUUCCUCGGAUGGUGGCUGGCGAUUUCAAUGUGAUUCGGUCCUUGGAGGAGUACUCGGGUUCUUCACUUCAAGAUCACACUGCUAUUGAGGAGUUUAAUGACAGUAUUGCUAAUUGUGAGCUUUUGGAGUUUCCAUCUGUUAAGAGUUUACAUGGAGAGGCACAAGGCAGACAGGUUGGGUUAGUAAGAAGCUAG